AAAAGUGCUUCUAUCAGAGUAUUUAUUGCAAUCUCAGGAUUUGUAAAUGGGUCAGACUGGUGUGACCCAUGUACAAAUGAUAACUGACAAGGAGAAAAAUGUGAACUUGACAGUGGUGAAAACCUUUGGUUGAAAUUCAAGACUAAAAAUAACUUACUAAAGAAAUCAGGAAGAACAGUGACUUGCUGUGCAAGCUGUCAGAAACACAUAAGAUAAAGAAACAGACCACAGAUUAGCGCAGCCCUAAGAAAACUUGGUCUGCAACGGUUCAUAACUCUCUGGUCAGUAAAAUAUGGCAAAUGGAGACAAUAGAGAGGAAUUUGAACUCAGAAUGGAUGGUUUAGCCAGGAGUGAUGCCUUACAGACCUGCUCUGUUGAAGAGGGUGAAGAGGGUGAAGAGGGUGAAGCGACUUCAGCGGUGCCUGGAGGAAAACUCUACAGACUGGUUGCUGUGAGCUUUGGAUUCCUGUGCAUCCUACAAGCUGCUCUCAAUAUUUCUCUGCGCCUUGGUCUUUCAAAUACUGAGGCCAGAUGUAAAAACCUGACUGAAGAGAUAGACAAUCUGAAGAGGAUCAACUUUGCCAUAACUCAUAAUAUGACACAAGAAAUAGAGGCCACCCGCUACAACCUGACCAGAGAAAAAGAUGAGCUGAAGAGGAACCUGACUGAUUUUGAGGCCAGAUACAAAGUCCUGACUGAAGAAAGAGAUGAGCUGAAGAGGAAGCUGACUGAUUUAGUUAACCGUUUACAACAAGGAUGGGUAUAUUUCAGUGGCAGUGUCUAUUAUAUUUCUUCUAUCAAUAAAAACUGGGAAGAAAGUAGAAAUGACUGCCUGCAACGAGGUGCAGACCUGAUGAUUAUCAACAGCAAAGAAGAACAGGAUUUCGCAGAACAAGUGAAGGAUAGAAUGUGGAUUGGACUCACUGACAGAGAGACAGAAGGGAUGUGGAAAUGGGUUGAUGGGACUCCACUGACAACAAGCUACUGGGCGAGUGGUGAGCCCAACAGCUUUGAAUCCAGAGAAGAAGACUGUGUAGAAUUGAAGUAUUACGGAACUGUAGAGAGCUGGAAUGAUAGACCAUGUGACGAACAAAUCCUGUGGGUCUGUGAAAAGAAAGUGCUUCCAUAACUCAGCCUCCAAACUUAUCACACGUUUAUGUUCGACUCAGGACAAUACCUUUUUCUUUUUAAACAAGUGUCAGUGAAACUACAUCCAUACUAAGACAGCUACAAUGAAAAACACCUAUUUUUCUUUCCACUUUGGUCUCGCAUCCACAGUAAGCCCACAUUAUUCAUGUGGAAAAUGAUGCAUUUGGGAGGGGAAAUUAUCUUUUCAGAUAUAAUAACAAAUUCCUGCACAGAUGCACUUGUGGCGGCGCAAACAUUUUGCUGCGGCCCGGAGGCUAUACUCCUUAACGAAAUUUCGCCUGUACUUCUGUGCAAGUGACAAUAAAGUUCCUAUCCUAUCCUAAGUAAAGAAUAAGGGACAACUUUCCUGUCACCUGAUCUCUCACCAUGUCGAUGCUGCCAAUCACGCAAUGUUGUCACUGAUCUGUAUUUAUUCUUUUAGUUUGAUCUAUGAGCAAUGGUGAUGGGUUAGACAAGCAAAUUAUUUCCCCAGUGCAAAAAUUGCUGAUCACUUUACAUAACAGGAAGAUUUAUCAAGACCAAUCAAGUCUCCAUUUUAUGCUCUUGUACUAUCCAGUGUUACUCCUGUGACCUGACAAAGAAAUCUACCUGUCUGUCCCAUUCCUUACAAGAUGUUGGCUGUUUUGCAUGAUUUUGAAGAGAUUUACCUUUUUUUCUUUGUGUGUCAGUGUGGACUUACAGCUUCAGAAAAAGAACCUGAAUAUGCUCAUGUGGACAUGCACAUCAUUUUAAUUGUAAACAGUGUUUUCAGAUUUGUCAUCUUUGGGUGGAUGUUAUGACUGUGGUGCAGGAACGUGGCCACAUACAUUCUAACAAAAGUCCAACUAAAGUCACUGCUUUGCUUGGAAAAAAAUGAAGAAUAAGGUGAUGUAAGGCAAUGGUGAUGGGUUAGACAAGCAAAUUAUUUCCCCAGUGCAAAAAAUUGCUGAUAAUUUUAGAUAACAGGAAGCAUUUAUCAAGACCAAUCAAGUCUCCAUUUGCUCUUGUACUAUCUAGUGUUACUCCUGUGACCUGACAAAGACAAGAUGUUGGCCAAUUUGCAUGAUUUUGAAGAGAUUUACCUUUUUUUCUUUGUGUGUCAGUGUGGACUUACAGCUUCAGAAAAAGAACCUGAAUAUGCUCAUGUGGACAUGCACAUCAUAGUAAUUGUAAACAGUGUUUUCAGAUUUGUCAUCUUUGGGUGGAUGUUGUGUGGAUGUUAUGACUGUGGUGCAGGAACGUGGCCACAUACUUUCUAACAAAAGGUCACUGCUUUGCUUGGAAAAAAAUGAAUACAAUAAUGAAGAGUAUAACACACGUUUUGAUUGAUUGCUAAGUGAAUGUUUCCUCAUGAGCUGACCUCAUACAAUGACUGAAUUUCAAUCUGUUUACCUUUAUCAUUAUAUCAUUAUAAGUAAGAUUUUACCUCCAUUAAGAUAAAUCCAUUUAACUUUACUUUAUGGAAGAUUGCUUCAAAUAAGGUUUGCUUAAUUAACCAUUAGA